AUGGGAGUGCAACAGGCGAGGAAAGCAUUGAGAGCAUUGAAGGGACUGGUGAGACUUCAAGCCAUAGCUCGUGGGCGAGCCGUGAGAUGCCAAGCAGUCACAUUGAAGUGUUUGCCACCCACUGCAAAAAGACAGGCAGAGGUCCAGGAAAGGAGCAGCCCCACUGCAGAUGCAAGCCGCAGAGUUUGGGAUACGAAAGAGUCUGUCAGGGCCAAAGAGGAGUUGGAUGAAAAGGAAACAAAGAACCAAGGAGAUCAGAAACCACACCAAGCUGAAUGCUGCUUUUCUCUUUCGAGUAAAAGCUUUCCUGGAGAGAAUUCAUUUCUCCUUCCCAACUCCUACCUUAACCUUCUUUCUCCUUCCUUGGAAAACCCCCUAGAAGGAAUCAAACAGAUCACCCACCAAGCCGAAAAUCUCAACUGGCUUGACAAUCCACCACUCCUCCUGCCCACAAACCCUUCAGAAAACUCCCCUUCUCUACACAUGCUUGCAGGAAAAAUUAUAUCUCAUAAUCCUAUAGCCAAAUCAAAAGUGAAAGGAAGCCUCCACUCUGCUUGGAGCUUCCUUUCCUCCUUGCACUUCGAAGCCAUCAGUAAAAAUGUUUUUCUAUUCACUUUCAAGAAUGCUACAGAACUACAAAAGGCCAUUGAUCUUUCUCCUUGGAAUAUAAAUGGCCACUUGCUUAAUUUAAAUAAAUGGGAAGCAAGCAUGACCUACAAAGAACUUGACUUUACUUAUGGUGCUUUUUGGGUUCAAAUCCAUGAUUUACCACUAGAGUUGAUGAAUCCGAGAAACGCUAAAGCCAUUGGGAUCAAGCUUGGUCAGCUCAUUGAGGUGGAAAUGAAUACUGUAUUGGCCUUAAACCGCAAGCAAUUCCUAAGGGUUCAUGUCAAUAUUAAUCUGCAUAAUCCCUUGACUUCUGGGUUCUACCACCAUCGACUAGGUAAAUCUUCGAUUUGGAUUCAUUUUAAGUAUGAAAGACUCUCUGACUUCUGUUUUGAUUGUGGAAGACUUGGUCAUGCCAAACUCUAUUGCCCUGAAAAUCCCUCUCCAACAUCAGUACCUCCAAACGGCCCUCACCUCCGUGCCAACCCCCCACCAGCCAUUAGUAUGGAAACCAUCAUAUUUACCAACAAACUGACCCACUCUCAGCAACCUAUUAUGCAUGGAAACUCUCUCUCCAUUCCUAACCCUCCAAAAAGCCAAAGCUCAAAUCCCCUCCCUCACAUCGGUGACACUGAUUCAUCCUCUUCCCUGGUUCUCACACAUACUGAGUCAACUCAACCUCUCCCAUACCCUAACUCGGAGAAUCUGUCUUCUACUAGUAAUGCUUUUGGAGGCUCUUGGCUACUUUUUGGAGAUUUCAACUCCAUUUUGAACCCUGGUGAAAAAAGAGGGGGAAGAGAUUUUGGUACAACCUCCCAUAAUGAAUUUGUCUCUUUUGUGAAUCAAAAUGGUUUGGUUGACCUUGGCUUCAAUGGAAACUCUUACACUUGGAAUAAUCGUCGUCAUGGGCGAGCAAACAUCAAAGAAAGAUUGGAUAGGGGUUUGGCAAACCAAUCUUGGGUACACAUCUUUCCGAAUGCUAUCAUCAAACACCUUCCAGCAGCUGCUUCGGAUCACAAUCCAAUCCUGCUCCAAACUGGUGGUAAUUACUUCCAUAUCCCCAAGCCUUUCCGUUUUGAAGCUUUUUGGAUCAGAGACUCUUCCAGUUAUGACGUGGUUGCUAAUGCCUGGCAUUCAUUUGUUGAUGGUUCCCCUGCUUUCACCCUUUGCCAAAAAUGGAAGAAUACUAAGAGAGCUCUUACCGAUUGGAAUCGAAAUCACUUUGGGAAGAUUCAAUCAAGAAUCACCUCCAUUCUCUCGGACUUGGAUAAAAUUCAGCAAGCUCCUCCCACUGAUCAGAACUUGAAAAAGGAAAAUGAUCUUCAAGACAAUCUUCAAGAACAACUUGCUAGAGAGGAGAUCCUAUGGAAACAAAAAUCCAGGGAGCAAUGGUUGAAUUGUCGUGACCUCAACACAAAGUUUUUUCAUGCUUCCACUGUAAACCGUAGGAGGUAUAACUCUGUUUCUUUUCUCAAAACUGUUGAUGGUACUGUUCUUAAUGAUAGAGAAAAUAUUGGCAGUUACUUUGUGGAUUUCUUUACUUCCAAUUUUACUUCUACUAAUCCUAUGAUUGAUGAUGAUCUUGAUGAUUUGGUUUCCCCUGUUAUAUCUGAUUUAGACAAUCUUAUGCUUUGCAAAAUUCCUGAAGAGAGAGAAAUUUACCAAGCCAUUUCCCAAUUAGGUCCAAAUAAAGCUCCGGGCCCGGACGGAAUGACUGGUUUGUUUUACAAAUCUUAUUGGCCUGUAGUUAAGGUUAGUGUGGUUACUUUUGUUCAAUCUUUCUUUAGAGGAGGUUUCCUUCUAAAAGAGAUUAAUCACACUAACAUUGCUCUUAUUCCUAAGAUUGACAAUCCUUUUAGAGUGAACCAGUUUCGUCCCAUUAGCCUCAUAAAUUUUAACUAUAAGAUCAUAUCCAAAAUUUUGGCCAACCGCUUCAAAACCCUUCUUCACAAGUUUGUCUCUCCUUACCAAUCGGCUUUCAUUCAAGGCCGCUUCAUUCAAGACAACAAUGUGAUGGCACAUGAGAUUUUUCACUCUCUUAAGAAUAAGAAAGGCAAUGGAGGUUUAAUGGCCUUAAAACUUGAUAUGGAAAAGGCCUUCGACUUUAUGGAAUGGCCUUUUCUUAUCAAGAUUUUGAAAUUACUGGGGUUCAACUCCAUUUGGAUACAUUGGAUCCAUCAAUGUUUAUCCACUGCUUCUUUUUCUAUUUUGUUGGAUGGGUCCCCAUUUGGAAAAUUCUCUCCUACCCGUGGACUAAGGCAAGGCGAUCCUCUAUCACCUUUCCUUUUUAUCAUGGGUUCGGAAAUUCUCUCUAGGCUCAUCCUUAGAGAAGAAAACCGGGGUCUCAUUCAUGGUAUCAAGAUCUCUAGACUUAGCCCUCCUAUUUCACACCUUCUCUUUGCUGACGACCUCAUGAUUUUCACAAGAGCAAAAAUUUCAGAAGCUGAAUCUUUCAAAAAUUGUCUCAAUUCCUACUCCUCUUGGUCAGGGCAAAAGGUUAACUUUGAAAAAUCUGCCAUCUUCUUUAGCAAAAAUUGUAGCCUUCCCAUUCAAGCUUCCAUUUGCUCAAUCCUCAAUCUCAAUCACAGGACCACUAAAUCAAGAUACCUUGGCAUUCCACUUUUUCUUCAUCGUAAUAAGAGCAUAGCUUUUGAAGAUCUUAAAUCCAAGAUCUCUUCCCGCAUUUCUGGUUGGAAAUCUAAGUUGCUCUCUCAAGCGGGAAGAACAACUUUGAUCAAAACUGUGGCUAAUGCAAUUCCCACAUACACUAUGUCCUUAUUUCUUUUUUCCAAAUCCUUUUGCCUUGAACUUGAUUCUAUGCUGAGGAAAUUUUGGUGGGGCUUUCCACUUGAUAAGAAAAAGAAUCUCACUCUCUUGUCUUGGAAGAGCAUUUGCACCCCCAAAUCUUUGGGGGGUCUUGGUAUUAGAUCCAUGGGGUUCCAUAACAGAGCCCUUCUCUCCAAGUUGGGAUGGCAAAUCCACUCCAAUCAAGAUCUUUUGUGGGUUCGGGCUCUAAAAGCUAAAUAUUUGGGCAAUUACAAUUUUUUGGAUGCUCCUAUUAAGAAUGGGUCCUCUUGGCUUUGGAAAGGUAUUCUCAAGAAUAGGCUUAUUAUUGAGAAAGGGGCAUGCUGGGCAGUUUCUAGAGGCUUGGAUCUCAACAUUUGGUCUUCCCCAUGGAUCCCUUCCUUACCUGGCUUUAAACCUACCCCAAAUCCUUCUUCUUCCCCUCUCCCUAACCUUAAUGUUUCUGACCUUAUAGAUAGGAAUAACAAUUCUUGGAAUUCCUCUCUAAUCCAUGAACUUUUUGAACCAUUAUCAGCCUCCCAAAUUCUCAACAUCCAUCUUCCUAUUUCCAUUAGAAAUGACAAGUUAAUUUGGGCCCCUUCCCCCACAGCUAAGUUCUCUGUCAAAUCAGCCCAUGAAUUGCUUAUUCAUUCACAAAAUUCCAGAAUUCCUCCCCUAGACAAUGAUGAUUGGAACCUUCUUUGGAGCCUAAAACUUCAACAUAGACACAAACACUUUCUUUGGAAACUGUGCUGGAAUGCCCUUUAUGUUAGAGAAAACAUUGGGAGUUUUGUCUCUCAUUCAGAUCCGGAGGUGUGGGAUUGCCCUCUUUGCCAUGGUAAUGUGGAAUCUCAGCACCAUCUUUUCUUGGAUUGUCCCUUUGCCAAGAUUAUUUGGAGAAACCAAAAAUGGCCCUUGGAUACUACUGCCUUCAGCAAUAUUUCUAUUCCCUCUUGGAUUAGAAUUUUGCUUAGGCCACACUCUAUGCUUGGCAUCCCCUUUGAGGAAGUUUUUGAAUUCCAAUUGACUGCAGUGAUUUUUCUAGACCAGAUUUGGUUUGCCCGUAACCAAUUGAUUCACAAAAAUAUCACUCCAGUAAUCUCCAACACUUUGAAGUCCAUCUCAAAUGUCAUCCGGACACAUCUUCAAGCUUGGAAAGCAUCUUCAUUUGGUCAAUCCAUUUGGCAUCCUCCUCCUACAGGUUCUAUGAAAAUUAACUUUGAUGUUGCUACUAAUGCUUAUUUUUCAGUAACUGCGGCUGUCCUAAGCAACUCUUCGGGUGACAUCAUCUCAGCAUUUACUAAAAAAUUGAUUUCCACUGACGUGAACAAGGGAGAAUCCAUGGCAGCUCUUACCGGGAUUGAUCUUGCUAUCUUACAAGGCUGCAACAAUUUGUUGAUUGAGGGUGAUUCUUUGGUCUCUAUCUUAGCCAUUAACAAUCAGAAUCUCUUCACCGAAUGGACCAUUGCUCCAAUCAUUGCCGACAUUCAGUUGAAACUUCAGCAUUUUCAAGUUUGGAAUGCUACAAAAGUUUCUAGAAGUGCAAACUUUCGUGCGUACCACCUCGCCAAGUGGGCCGCUACCAACCUUGUGUUUGGUAGCAUUCCCAAUUCCUCUUCCAUCUUAUCUUCUAUUAGAAUUAAUAGCGGGAAGGAUCCCCCUUUGUAA